AUGUCCGGCGAACAAGGCCCUGCUGCUGCUGCUGCUGCUGCUGCUGCUGAUGCGCCAGCGGCUCCCGCGGCCGCGGCCGCUGCUCCAGCUCAAACUCCAGCCGCCGCCCCCGAGACGCCCCUUGCUAAAUUCACAGCUCGUCUGUCCGAAAUUACCACGAGAGCAGAUCACAGCGAGAUGUGGGGUGUCGAGCUCUCGCCCUCUGACCACGCGCCCACGCAGGUCGUUUUGCGCAAGUUUCUCAGAGCCAACAACAAUGAUGCUGCGGCCGCCGAGAGGCAGCUUCUUUCUGCCCUGGAGUGGCGCAAGAAGAUGCAGCCCGCCAAGCUGGCCACCGAGGCCUUUAACAAGACCAAGUUUGGGGAGUUGGGGUACGUGACGGUGCACAAGGACGAGGCUGGCAAGGAGACGGUCAUUACGUGGAACAUUUACGGCGCAGUAAAGGACAACAAGGCCACGUUUGGCAACGUCGAAGAGUUUAUCCGCUGGCGUGCUGCCCUCAUGGAGCUCGGCGUGCAGAAGCUUCGACUCAAUGAAAUCAAGGAACCCCUUGCCGAGGACGCCCAAGACAUGUACCAGAUGCUCCAGGUCCACGACUACCUAUCCGUCAGCUUCUUCCGCAUGGAUCCCGCCAUCAAGGCCGCCAGCAAGGAAACGAUUGAGACCUUUUCCAUGGCGUACCCCGAGCUGCUUGCCCACAAGUACUUUGUCAACGUGCCCGCCAUCAUGGGCUGGAUGUUUGGGGUUAUGAAGCUGUUCCUUGCCCCGGCCACUCUGCGCAAGUUCCAUCCCAUGACCUCUGGUGCUACUCUAGCUGCGGAGCUGAAACCCAUCGCCUCGUCACUGCCCAAGGAGUAUGGCGGUCAGGGUCCCAGCGUCAAGGAGGGUGAAUCGGUCAAGCUGGUGGAUGAAGAGGUGCCGGCGCAGGCGCAGGCGGACCAGGAGAAGGCGGAUGCUCAUGUUCCGUCUGGAACGGCUGUUGACGCUGAUGCCACCGCCGCGGCUAGCGCUCCCGCCGUUUCUGAGCCCGAGCCUCAGCCCGAGCCGCAGCCUGUGGAGGUUCCAGCCGACGAAGUAGCGGCACCAGGGCCCAUGGCCGAGAAGGCCGCUCAGGUCGAACCUGAACCUAUUGCCAAGGAGACGGCUGCUUAG